GACCGCUUGUCAUUCGUGCAUUUGAAGUCGCGUUCUUUCUAUCGGUACUUGGUGGAUUUUUUUUUAAAUUUAAAUAUUUAAAACGAUUGUGUACAGGAGUUUUAUUUAUUAUUUUUUUAUUCGUUUAUAUUAAUUUAAGAACUCAUUAAUUGUAUCGACUUGUGUUCGUUUUCAUAUUUUUUUACCGUAUUUUGGUAUCUACACACGCCCACUUAGUAUUUAUUAACAAUGACCACAGCGACGGAAGAGACUAAGAACGUCCCACAAGACGCCAAAGAGCCGGUAAAGGAGGCGGCUGACGGUGCCGUGACGGAGACUAACAACAAACAAGAAGCCAACGACAAGAAGCCGGCUGACAAAGAUGAAGCGGCCCCGGCCGCUCCGGCGGAACCGCCUCAACCGAAGUUCUCGGUGAAAAAACAGAAUUUCGAAAAAGACGUCGUCUAUUUGUAUCAGUUCUCUCGCACACCAGUCAUUCCGUCCAUGUCCCCUUACUGCCUUAAGGUGGAAACAUGGCUCAGGCUAGCUGGACUCAAAUACGAGAAUGUGGACCAUAAGAUAAAACAUCGUUCCAAAAAAGGACAGUUGCCAUUUGUCGAAUUGAAUGGCGAAGAAAUUGCUGACAGCACGCUAAUUAUUAAAGAACUAAGCCAGAAAUUUGGUAAAGACAUAGAUGCAGCUCUGAGCCAAGAUCAACGAAACAUAUCACAUGCCAUGAUCUCAAUGAUCGAGAACAAACUUGUUUGGGUGGUGACAUGGUGGAAAACAAAAACCCCUGAAAAUGUAAUCAAGGGGUACAAAGUGAAUUUGCAACAUGCUCUUGGCACAUGGGUGCCUAAUGGCGUUCUCAACUUCUUUUUCAAAUACAGCUAUAGCCGAAGAGGCUUGAAAAAAGUAAAAGCUCAAGGUAUUGGAGUUCAUAAGCCAGACGAAAUUUUGGAAUUUGGACAAAAUGAUUUGAAAGUCUUGUCUGACGUGCUCGGUGACAAAUUGUACUUCUUUGGAAACGAACCCACCACUCUUGAUGUAGUAGCUUUCGCCAACUUGGCACAACUGUACUUUGUAGACAAAGAAGUUGAAUGUCCAUUACGCGACUACAUGGUAGAUAAUUUCGAAAAUUUAGUGGCUCACACAAAUCGCAUUAAGGAACGGUGUUUCCCCGACUGGGAUGAUAUGUGCAAGAAUCUGGACUUGAAUAGUCAUCUUCCAAAACCUCCCCCGGUAGAAGAAAAGCCUAAAGAAGACGGAGACAAGAAAAGCGCUGAAAAUAAAACCGAAGCUAAGGAUAAGGACGCUAAGGAGCCCGAGGAGAAAGGCGAUGGUAAGAAAGAAGGCGAGAAAGAACCAGAAGAUAAAUGAGCAGUAUUUGCGCUGGUUGUAACGAAGAAACAGACUCAUCACCAUCAUUUUAUAUUAAGCGAUUUCACCAACAUUUUUGACCCACCAUUAUACUAUUAACUAAAAAAAAAAUCAUACAUGAUAUAUUUGUAAGUUACGUAAAUAUUAUGUAUAAAAAAUCGUAAUAACUAUGAAUCCAACUUUUAAAUUUAUAUUUAUAUACUUAUGAUUUUUGUACUUGCGAGGAAAAAUUAUUAUAUAUACUUGCAUGUCAAACGUGUGUUUGAUCAAAUCAACUCCAUUAAAAAAAAAAACCUAAAAAUGUAAUUUACUGAGCGACCGACAAUUGAAGCUCAGGUAUUAAACGC